AUGCGCAUUAGAGUUUUAGUGAACUUACUGUGCUUAGUGCUUUGCUGUUCAGGGGCCAACUAUAAAUCUUUCAUCAUUUUUAAUGUAGAUUUAGAAGAAAGACGGAGAAAGGCGGAGCUGCUUGCAAAACGAGUUGCAUUAAAACAUGAUCGUAAAGCGAGAGCAAUGGCUACCCGUACAAAGGACAAUUUCAGAGGCUAUGAUGGUACUCCUGUGGAACAGAAAAGCAAGAAGAAAACUUCUGAUGAUGAGCUAAAGGACCAAAGAAUGGAUGACUCUAAUGAAGAAGAUUAUUACUAUGAGGCAGCACAGGGUGAGGAUGAACUAUCUGAAAUAGAAGAUUCUGAAGAGUUUGAAGAACAUUUUGAUGAGAGACCAGUUAAACGGCAACACACAGAGGUACCAGUUAAACGGCUUAAACGUCAACACAGAGAACCUGUGGUAUCAACUAAGGAGCCAAAGAGACUGUGCAAAGAACCUGAGACAUUUACAAAGGAACCAGAACAAUUGUGCAGAGAGGCUAAAAAAUCUAAAGUUCCAAAGAAACCACCGUCAGCACCCAUGAACUUCACAGAUCUCCUGAAGUUGGCUGAAAAAAAGCAGUUUGAACCAGUAGAGCUAAAGCCAAUGAAAAAAGUGGAGGAGAAGCUGUACACAGCAGAGGAACUGAAAGAAAUUGAAUUUUUAGAGCGCAAACGACAAAAACAAAAUGACAAAAAGAAAUCUGAGAAAGAGGGCACUUUAUCACAUCCAACUAGCUCAUCCAAGAAAGAAUCUUCAACUAAAGACAGUAAAAGCAUAAAAGCUGUGCGAGACCCAGGAGAGAAACUUCAUUUAUUCAAAGAAAGUAGCUCAACAUCAUCUGUUCAUGGAGUUAACAAGAAGCCAAAAACUGCAUCAAGCGAAAAACCUUCAUCUUCAGUGUCUUACAAAACACCUACACGGGAAAUGUCCAGGUCUUCAGUAGGAGUUGGACAUUCUAUUUCCAAAAAUUCCAGUAGUAAUGGUGGAAAGCUUGUACUAGACAGCUCAGCAAAAUCUAGAAAUAGCUCCCAAACACUGAGUAAACAAUUGAAACCUGGAUCAAAUGGAACCCUUUCCGCAGUGUCUUCAAAAAACAAUCAGAAAAGAACUGAUCAGUCCACUUCAGCCAGGAAAAAUGAUGGUUCCUCCACAAAACAUGAAAGGACAGGUGGUUCAAAUGCAUUGCACUCCAAAAACACAAGUGGCUCAGCUUCUGAACGGUCCAAAAGUUCCAGUAGCGUAAGCCAAAAACGACCAGCCUGCUCAGACCAAACAUGUUUGAGCAAUUUGGGCCAACAUAAACCAAGCAGUGCAGUUAGUUCUGGGGCUUCUCGUCCCAGCAAUACGGGAGGCUCAGAUUCCAUGCGACCUAAAAAUACAAGCAAAUCUGGACCUCCUAGACAGAGCAAUACAAGUAACUCUGGGUCUGUGCAAUCAAGAGGCAUGAGUACAUCAGUACGGGUAGCUGGUUCUGGAUCGGUAAAGUCUGGAAAUUCUUCCGUUUCUAUUUCUGGACAGCAUCCAAGCACUGAUACUGGACGACCUGGAAACAGAGUUGGAGUGCCAAAACCCAAAUGUACUGUUGUAUCCGAAACAAUAUCUUCAAAGAACUUCCCAUCACGACCCAACAAUGGACAGAUGAAUAAUAUAAGGUCGGCUCCACCAGGGUACAGAUCAUUGGCACAUCCAUCAGCAGUAGCUCCUGCAAGGCCGCCUAUACCUAUAUCCUAUAGGCGGAGGCUGGAGGAUGACGACGAAUAUGAUUCGGAAAUGGAUGACUUCAUUGACGAUUCUGGGGAAUCACAAGAUGAAAUCUCAAAACAUAUCAAGGCAAUCUUUGGAUAUGACCGCACAAGAUAUAAGGAUGAAAGUGACUAUGCUUUGCGAUACAUGGAGAGUAGCUGGAGAGAACAACAGAAGGAAGAAGCCAAAAGCUUGCAGAUGGGUAUGAUGGAGGACGCAGAAGAGCUGCGAAAAGAAGAAGAAGAACUAAGAAGGAAGAUGAAAGCUAAGAAACGACACCUUUAGUUAAUUGAAGAAAUCACAAGAAAUUUAUUUAUUAUAUUUAUAUACAAAAUCUGGUUAUUUACAAAAAGUAAUAUGCACUAAAGAAUUUACUUUGUGAACUGUGGAACUUACUAAGCUGAUUGACCAAUUCAAUAGAAGAUAUAAGUUAGCAUUUGAAUAAGUUGUGCUGGUAACUGGAGUAAUUUUUAUAUAAUUGUAUGGUGCAUCGCCAAUUUUUUUUCAGUUCCUAGAUCUGAUGCAUUGGAUAAGGUCACACAACAGCAGAUUUGUUCUUUCAUUCUUUGUAUUCCAUAAAUUUUAAUUAUGGAGUUAAGGACUUUGGUUGCUGCAAAGUAUUGAUGUGUAUACUGUUAAUGUUUUUUGCAUUUCAGGCUUAAAGGCAAAACCAUUUUGUGUCUUAAAGAUUCACCACCAAUUAUCAUUCGACUUUGUUCUGGUUGAUUUAAAAUUUGUUCUUUUUCCCCUGCUUCAUUUUUACUGGAGAUGGGUGAUGUGGUGCAUUAGCCACAGUCUCGCUGUCUCAACUUUAUGAAUUCAAAUUCGUCCCAGACUCAUGGAAGAAAUGUCUCCUCUGUCUGCUGGCCAAAUGUGAAAUGAGUUUACGUUCUUUCAUUUCAUGAACUUCCAGUACAUAACUGUUUCUGGUUUCAUGUUGCAGUCACUGAUACCCUACAAUGCUUCAAGUGGUCGAUGGAAAAAUAUUAAAAUAUCAUGAAACUAUUUGGCUUAUUGAAGCAGAUUCCUCCGAGUCUCUCAAUUAUAGCAACAAAAUAGACUUUAAAUGUUUUUUUUUUGUCUCCAUUAUGCUGUCUCAUAGAUUAUUCCAAACCAUGACAUUUUUGAGCAAGGAAAUUUUUCCUAGCAACUAUUUUAAAUUUAAUUUUCACCAUUUUAAUUUUAUGUCCUCUCAACCAAUCCCCUAAUUUUGCUGCUCCUCUAUGGUUGAGACAGAAGACAUAUUGGUGGAACAUUAUAGAAUGCUUUUCUCUGCACCCAACUGUGCCAUACCUCCUUUGGGCAUGUUUGAUGCUGGCAAUAGGUGCCUGAAAUGGAAUGGCACUUUCCCAUCACUUUGAGCACAAUAUUUUCUAAAACCAAAUAGGUUACUGAUCUCUGAAGUGCGAUUUGUUUAAACCUAUAGCUAGGUGUGCUAGUGAAAAGGUUAAAGAUUACAGUUGAAUAAAAGUAUAAUAAAAUACAUUUUGUAAUUUUUUGAGAAUAAUGCAAGUACAGAUGCAUUAAAUGUAAUUGAUACUCUGUACAAUAAAUUUUUAUCACAUAGUUUA